CUCACUUCCAGCACGCUCGCAUAACAGAGGUGGUUCAACGGCACGCAGUAGCAGACCAGGGCUUUAACACAAACACGUAAACACAGACACACACACAAAAUCCCCCUUAGCUUCUUGAACCAAACUCACCUCAGCACUGACGCAACUUUUCUUCAGUACUGACAGACACUUUGUAAGUCUGCUGGACUUUUGUAUGACGCGCUGUUUGAGCGUGGACCUUAUUUAUGACCGCUGUUGUUAUUAAUAUUAUUAUUAGUAGUAGUAUUGUUAUUCAUGUUGUUGUUUGAAAUUUUCUAAAACCCUAUUUUUGUAUAUUGGACUAUUCAGCUUCAUAUGGCUGCCAAAUACAGGAAACUGUCUAUCCCUUACAUCUGCAGAUGUACUGUACAUGCUGUACUGUAUGGAGUAACAACUUUUGGUUUUCUCUUAAGAUGGCUCUGUGAGGCCUCCAUGGAGUUUCUAUGCAGGUUCAUAAAAGCAGGGAGUUUAAAUAGCCAGAAUGUUGCCCGCACCGGAGUGUUCGAGACCCUUUUUGGAUCGUGGAACCUGCUAUGGAAGAUUUAUACUGUCUGUAUUCUAGACGGAUGUUUCAUCGUGAUGCAAUUCCAACCACUUUAUAUCCACGAUCUUGGACCAUAGAUGUGUAAGAAUUCUUCGUUUUGUAUCAUGAUUCCGUGAUCGUGGAAUGUUCAAUAGCAAUUGUAACAUCCGAAAGGACUCUAAGGUCUUAUUUCCAGCAGUGUAAACCGCAAUGAAUGGUUUUUCAGAAAAUAACACUGACAUUCUGGAAGCAUACCCGCAAUAUGAGGGUGGGCCGGUACAAUAGUACAGCCUACAUAAUGACAGGUGAA